CCGAAAGCAGCAGCGGUCGUCGUCUCCGGCCGGACUCAAAGACGGCGGAUGUAAAGCUACACAGAAGGGUAGCAACUCGCCAAAGCCCAUCAAGCAAGGAGGAGGGGGAGGUGGAGGGAGAAACAGCCGAGGUCAUUCUCCCGUUUCCACCGGCAGGGAGCGGCAGGCCGGAGGCGUUCCUGCCCUCAGAGGCGCGGCUGCUGUCCAGGCUGCUGGUGCUGAAAGCCGGACGCCGAGCAGGCCCGCGGCGGCAGACAAAUGCGGCGUCCAAACACCAGAAGACUCCCCCCGCCAUGCCGCCGAUGCCUCCUCACCCUCUAGAGGAGAUCCGAACCGCGUCGUCUUCGACCAGCCGUGCGCAUCCAAAUCCCCCAAAGUGAGGAGCAAAAACCCGAGAGGCGGGGAGGCCGCCUCGGCGACGAGCGGCAGCAAGAAGAACUCCAAAGGCACAAUAGGCUGCGGACCUGGUUUCUGGAAGGAGGGAUGCUUGCAGUCCGAACUAAUACAGUUCCACUUGAAUAAGAGCUUGGGAAAGAAAGGGACAAAGAUGCCGGCGAAAUCAACAUCUCCGCCGGCCUCGGAGCCGGAGAUGUCUCCUGAGCCCGAUAGUCCACAGCCGGCUCCACGACCAGACCAGGGACUGCAAGAAGAGCUUGAGAGGCUGGAAGAUGAAAACGAGGAUCUAAAGAAUGAAAUCGAAGAGAUGCGGGUAGAGAUGGAUGAGAUGCGGGACACCUUCUAUGAGGAGGACGCCUGCCAGCUGCAGGACAUGCGCAGAGAGCUGGAAAGAGCCAAUAAGAACUGUCGGAUCCUCCAGUAUCGACUGAAGAAAGCAGAAAGAAAGAGGCACCGGUUCGCAGAGAGUGGCCAGGUGGAUGGAGAGCUGCUCAGAAGUCUGGAGCAAGACCUGAAGGUGGCAAAAGAUGUGUCUGUCCGCUUGCACCAUGAACUGGAGAAUGUGGAGGAGAAGAGGACUAAGACAGAAGAGGAAAAUGAGAAGCUGAGGCAGCAGCUGAUAGAAGUGGAGGUCACCAAACAGGCCCUGCAAAAUGAGUUGGAUAAAGCCAAAGAUCUCUCACUGAAAAGAAAAGGAAGUAAGGAUGGACAGAAAGCAGAGAGAAAGGCCCCACAGACCCCAGUCGAGGAAGAGAAUGAGGAUCUGAAAUGCCAGCUAGCCUUUAUUAAAGAGGAAGCCGUUCUGAUGAGGAAAAAGAUGGCAAAGAUCGACAAGGAGAAGGAUCGACUGGAGCAGGAACUGCAGAAGUACCGCUCCUUCUAUGGAGAUGUAGACAGCCCUCUGCCUAAAGGCGAGGCUGGAGGGCCUCCCACCACCCGAGAAUCAGAGCUGAAGCUCCGUUUACGCCUGGUGGAGGAGGAGGCCAACAUUCUGGGAAGGAAGAUUGUGGAGCUGGAGGUGGAAAACAGGGGGCUGAAGGCUGAGUUGGAUGACAUGAGGGAGGACAGUCUGGCAGCAGCAGGCGUGGACAGCUCUGGCAGUGGAGGUCAACAGUGCAGAGAACAAGGAGAGGCCCUGUCAGAGCUGAGGCAGCAGCUUCAGCUGGUGGAGGACGAGGCAGAACUUCUUCGCAGAAAUUUAGCAGAUGUGGAAGAAGAGAACAAAAAGGUGACAAGUGAACUCAAUAAACUGAAGUACAAGGCUGGAUCCCACGAAGCUGGAUCCAGACAUGGAGGAGGAGGAGCUGACCCAGCUAAAGUGGAGGCCCUCCAGGAGGAGCUGAAAGCAGCACGUCUUCAGAUUAACGAACUGAGUGGAAAAGUUAUGCAGCUCCAGUACGAGAACCGUGUACUGCUGUCCAACAUGCAGCGCUACGACCUGGCCUCCCACCUGGGCAUUCGAGGCAGCCCACGGGACAGUGACGCAGAGAGUGAUGGAGGACGAGACGAUGACACCCCAUCAGCCUCUGUUUCCUCCCCUCGCCUUCUCCCACCCCAUCGCAAACGUGAGGGCCCUAUUGGAGGGGAGAGUGACUCAGAUGAAGUGAGGAACAUUCGCUGCCUCACCCCAACACGCUCCCUUUACUCACCUGUAGACAACCGUUUUUUAUCCAGAAGCCUGAAAGACCGGCAACAGAUGAUAGACAUCCGCAUCGAGGCAGAGAGGCUGGGCCGGACCAUCGACAGGCUCAUCACUGACACCAGUACUAUCAUCGCUGAGGCCCGAGUGUAUGUCACCAAUGGGGAGCUGUUUGCCAGGUUGGACGAGGAUGAGGAAGGUGGCAGAAUCAGAGAGCAUGAGCUGCUGUAUCGUAUAAACGCCCAGAUGAAAGCCUUCAGGAAGGAGCUGCAGAGCUUCAUAGAUCGGCUCGAUGUCCCUAAGCAGGAGGAUAAAGAGGCAGAGGAGCCACUGUCUAUGUUUCAGCCCAUUAUUUUGCUGAUCCUCAUUCUUGUUCUGUUUUCCUCACUCUCUUAUGCCACCAUUUUCAAAUUGGUAUUCCUUUUCACCCUGUUCUUUGUUCUUUAAAGCGCAUAGUACCAUAUUUUGUACAUUUUCAUGAGUUUGUUAUUUACUUGUUCAUUCAUUUUGAUUCUGUUAUGUUGAACACAUCACAUAAGGUCACUCAAGGUACAGAGCAUUAUCAUUUUCCACAUAUGACCCAAGCCACUCAACUACUGGGGUGUUUUCAACAUUCACUGGAGACCA